GCCUGCUGCGGAGCUGAGCUGUUGCUUUUGUUACUCACGGCUGGCGAGGGUGAUGGAGAUUGGGAUUCCGGCAAGAGGACUUCUCAGAGUUCAGAAAAUAUCGCUGAAAGCGGGUGAGGGGGAAACCGUUUUUGUUUGUUUACGCAAAAUCUGAAUCUGUGGGAUUCUGAAAAUUGAUUCUAAGGCAACUGAGGUUUCAUUUUCAUUGACAACACUUAGACGCCUCCCCCUCCACAAUCCAGGGUGGAAAGAGCCCCCUUUUCUCCUCACUACCCUUCCUCCUCCUCCUCCUCCUCCUCUUCCCUCCCUUUUGAGUGGGUCACUCGCCUGGCGUUUCGCUCUUGAAACCCCGUUGACAGACGAAGGUGAUGCUUCAAUGACUCCACCGCGGCGUAACGAGAUGGAGAAUUUUUAGUCUUUUUCAACUUCCUAUUUUUCAAUGUGACUAACGCUUUCUCUCCCACUUCCCAGCCCCACGCGUUCCGCUCACCCCGGGAGGAGGGGAAUCUCCCCCGCCCCACACAGCCAGUUUCUCUCGGAUUGUCUACCCUCCCAGGGGGCGUGUUCUCGGGGAGAGCAGGGGGCGGGGAUGCCCAUGUUUGGGCAGGGAGCGUCGCGUCAUUCGCCUUAUAUGGUAAGAGGCGUCAGGGCCCGGCUCUCCAUUCACAUAAAACUGAAGGAAUCCCCGGCUUUAGGGGAAACGAGUCACGCUCACCUGCACAAUAACGAUCCGUAGCACCCGGGCAGGAAAGCCGACCCGAAGGCGAGAGCGUUAAGCAGCUCCAGAAGCUGGCACCCUGACCCUGCCUUGGGCCCGCGAACCCGUCCCACCGGUUCCUCUCCCUCCCCAGCCUCGCGGCUGCCUUCUCCUAACUGCUUCCCCUCCCUCCCGGCUUGCACCCUGGCCAUUGCCACCUGCGGACCGACCCGUCCGAGUGGCCCGGAGCCACUGCGGGGCAGCAGGAUGAAGGUCGCUUCGCUCGACGGUCGCCAGCUCAGGAAGCUGCUGCGCCAGGAGGCUGCCCGCUGCGUGCUGCUGGACUGCCGGCCCUACCUCGCCUUCUCCGCCUCCAGCGUGCGGGGCUCGCUCAAUGUGAACCUCAACUCGGUGGUAAUUCGGCGGGCCCGGGGAGGCGCGGUGCCCCUGCGCUUCGUGGUGCCCGACGAGGCGGCCCGGGCGCGGCUGCUGCAGGAGGACGGGGCCGGCGCGGCGGCCGUGAUCGUUCUGGACCAGGGAACCCGUCACUGGCAGAAGCUGCGGAAGGAGAGCACGGCGCACAUCGUCCUGGGUACGCUGCUCGCCAGCCUCCCGGCCGGACCGAGGAUCUGCUUUCUCAAAGGAGGAUAUGAGACCUUUUAUUCACAAUAUCCGGAAUGUUGCAUAGAUUUAAAACCUAUUUCACAAGACAAAACUGAAACAGAGAGAAACCUCAUCAGUCACUGUGAGAAACAGAACAUGAGCCGAAAACCUGCUUAUGAUCAGGGUGGCCCAGUUGAAAUUCUACCAUUCCUCUACCUUGGCAGUGCUUAUCAUGCGUCGAAGUGUGAGUUCCUUGCCAAUCUCCACAUCACUGCCCUACUCAAUGUUUCCAGGAAAAGUUCAGAUUCCUGCACCUCUCAGUUCGACUACAAAUGGAUCCCAGUAGAAGACAAUCAUACAGCAGACAUCAGCUCUCAUUUUCAGGAAGCAAUAGACUUUAUUGACUGUGUCAGGCGAACUGGUGGCAAAAUCUUGGUUCACUGUGAAGCUGGAAUCUCGCGCUCUCCCACCAUCUGCAUGGCUUAUCUCAUGAAAACCAAGAAAUUCCGCCUGGAGGAGGCCUUUGAUUACAUUAAGCAAAGGAGGAGCAUGAUCUCACCCAACUUUGGCUUCAUGGGCCAGCUCCUGCAGUAUGAAUCAGAGAUACUAUCUUCCAUGCCCAAUCCCCAGGUUUCCUCCUGCAAGAGGGAGGCAGCUGCAUCAUUCUUUGCUGAUGAAUUGACUCUGAGCCCGGGGUUUGAAGGCUCUUGCUACACGUUCCCUACCUCUGUGCUGACAACAGUGCCCAUCCAUUCGCCGGUCCACCAGCUGAAACUGAGCCCCAUUACUGCAUCUUCGACCUGCUGAAGGCAAGAAGAAAAAGUAGAUGAGGGCCCUGAGAGCAACUGUGAUUUUUUUUUUUUUUUUUUUUUAAAUAAACUCGAGACAUUUCAUAACUGUGCAAUACUGAUGACCUCACUGAUGCCAUCCAAGCUCAUGUCAGGGCAGUAGGAGGUGGUUCUGGGGAGCUGACAUGUUUCUUCUCUAAAGCCAGGUUUGCAAGCAUUGAUUAGACUAAAUGGACUUUACAGAAAGGUUCUCAUUGGAGUGUUACCAUGGGACACCAAGCCAUUCAUGUGCUGUGAGGUGCACCAAACUACUGUGCUUCCAAGCCUAAAAUUUCCUGGCUACUGGAAGACUUUUCUCUUCGUCCUUUUUUUCUCUUUAGGACUCUUUUCAGUCCUUACACCUCAUGGUCUGCCUUCUCAUUCCUAAGUGUAGGCAAUAAAUACCUGCAGCAGCCAAGGGGAGAAGACCUUUAAAAAAGCCAAUUUACUCGGAAGGAAGCACAAUUUCUCACCUUGAGUUUCUUAGGUAGUAGUGUCAGAACUUUGGCUGGAUUUGGCCAACUUGCUUUACCUUUUAUUUUAGUUUUUCUUUUUUAAGUAACUGUUUCCUGUGGCUUCAGGGCGUAAGCUGAUCAUCAGCUAUAGUCAGGAAAAUAACCACCAAGUCUGUCCCACUAGGAAUUUUUUCGGGAGCUUCCAAUUUCUAAGUGUCAUGGAGAUAGACAGUCAUAUAGACUCUUGUGGUAGCAGAAUGGAGGUCAGUUUCACUGGGACAGGUGGCCUGAGUUUCUUUUAUCUUUCUGGGUUUCCCAUCAUUUAGAAUUGAUAUGCCCACAGACCAGGUGGAGUCUUGAGUGAGCAAAGGGACCCAGCUGGCCAAUUAAAAUGGAGCCUAUUUCUCAGCAUGGCUCUUGCUAUACUUGAAUAUCUCCUGACAUACCCUGAAACACCGAGACACUUCUACCAUUUGAAAACAGUAACUGCUGAAUUGUAGACCAAAAACAACUAAUCCCCCCAGUUCCUUUUAAAUUAAAAGAAAGAAAACAAUACGUUCUUGUGCUCUGUAGGUCAGUAGCAUUGGAAAUUUGAUGUACUUAGUUUAGUUUGCCUGUUGUUAUGUGCUUGCUUACUGUUUAUGUGCAUCUGUGUUUUUAUUUGUGUGUAAUAUCUGUCUGCUCAUAAUGGACUCUACUGUGUUCCUGUAACAUCAUUCCCAUCCCUGCCCUGAA